AUGGGAAACUAUACCAGCACCGUGAGCGCCGGCGCCGCCGACGGCGAGACAGAGGAGAUGAAGUCGUACCUCAGUGCUCUCCCCGCACAACACCUCGACCCCCUGUGGUCGCAGAUGAACAUGAUGGUGCCUCCCACACCUAACCCUACUACCAAGCCUCACAUGUGGAAAUACCGAGACGCUCUUCCGCAUCUGGAAACAGCUGCUCGGUUGGUACCCGAGGAGAAGGCCGAGAGGAGAGUCCUGAUGCUAGUCAACCCCAGCAUGCAGGCUCCCUAUACUACAGAUACUAUCUAUGGCGGUUUGCAAAUUGUCAACCCAGGCGAGACUGCCCCAGCUCACAGGCAUCUUGCCUUUGCCUGCCGCUUCAUCAUGGAUGGUGAAGGCUUCACUGCUGUCGAGGGAAAGAAGAUGCCUCUUGUUCGAGGAGAUGUCGUUGUCACACCCAUCUGGCACUGGCAUGACCAUGGCAACGAGAGUGAUAAGCCUGUGGUUUGGCUAGACAUGCUGAACCUGCCCCUCUUCCGCUUCGCUCCAGUGCACUUUGCUGAGGGUUACUCUGACCCUCGUUACCCUAGCGAACACUGCGACCCUUGCGAGUGGCGUUUCCCUUGGGGCCCACCUCUAUCAAACAUUCUCACCGUCCAAGCCGAGCGUUUGAACCCCGGUGCGUCCGUGGGGUCGCAAGAGAGCCAGUCCUACCUCUACCACUGCUACGAGGGAACUGGCCGAACAGAGGUUGAGGCUCCAUCAGGCGAGAAGAUGGUCUUCAAAUGGGAGGCUCGUGACACUUUUGCCAUUCCUUCGUGGUGCAAGAUCAAGCACAUCAACGAGUCUUCAACAGAAAAGGCUUAUCUGGUGGCCUGUCACGACGGACCCUUCCUUGAGUGCCUGGGUAUCCAGAGGAGGAAGUAG